GCAGGGAAAUCGAGGAGAAAGCAGCGACAAACGUCGCCAGCGGAUACGUUACGGCCUCAAAAGUCCUCGGAUAUUGACAAUAUUCGGCCAGCCUCCCUAUAUAUAGGUUGUAUAACAUUUCGCUUUGUUGAUGAAAUCGUGUUCAGCGUUUCACCAGCGUGAACCUCCACUUUAAUGCAGUGGAAUGGCCACAGUGCCGCCUGGGCCUGGUAACGCACUGCCUUCAUCCCUGGUUGAAAUUUCUCCUUUCCCCGGGGCAGGGUGCGUGGAGGCGGCGGUGGAAGACGGAGAGCCUACCCGCCACGGGGAGGACUGUGCUCCAGCCGGUACGGGUAUAAAGUCACCGCCGGUAAACGAGGUCAAAAGGUCGGUCAAGAAGAAGCGGAAAAACAUGCUAGCUCAAGCUAGCCCGGCGGCGCUGCACUUGAAAAUGCAAGCCCGAGAGCAGCAGCAGCUGAACGGCUUAGCCAGCCCCUCAGAGGAGCCCGACAGCCACCAGCAGGAAGGAAGCCGGCCUGACAGUCUCAGAUCGCCCGUGGACAACAACUGUGACAGCGGCAGCGAGGGCACCGCGGCCGCUAGAAACCGCACGGAGCGCUGCCAACACGAAGGCCCCUUCUCCAAAAACGGCAGUCACUCUCCUCUCCGGAGCAGCAGCAGCGUGAACGGCAUGCCGGGCUCAACGAGGACUGACGACGGGGAGAAACCGCUCGACCACACGCGGAGGCCGCCGAGCGACGAGCCGCCGGACGGAGAUGCGAGUCCGGCAGAAGCGCAGCCUCCGGCCGCGGAGCUGGCCCGGCUCGACCUGAGCUGCUCUCCGGGCCGGGCUGAAGGAGACAGCCACGGCAUCCGCUAUGUCCGAUACGAGUCCGAGCUGCAGAUGCCCUGGAUCAUGAGAUUGAUCACCAAGGACUUGUCCGAGCCUUAUUCAAUUUACACGUACAGGUACUUCAUUCAUAACUGGCCGCAGCUGUGCUUUCUGGCCAUGGUGGAGCAGGAGUGCGUCGGAGCCAUCGUAUGUAAGCUCGACAUGCAUAAGAAGAUGUUCCGUCGUGGCUACAUCGCCAUGCUUGCUGUGGACUCAAAGCACAGAAGAAAAAGUAUCGGUACUAAUCUGGUGAAAAAGGCCAUCUAUGCCAUGGUGGAGGGGGACUGUGACGAGGUGCAGGCACCACGAGGAGGGGAGUGAUGAACAGAAGGAGGAGAGGAUCUGACACAGCAAUCCUCAGCACCCCCACACUUCAACUAUAAAUAGCACCGGCUCCUCUAGCCUCUUCAGACACAAAUCCACCUCAGCAACAGAAAAUUAAAGCAUCUGUGCGCAGGAUCAGAUUUCUCUCGCAUCUUCUUGUCUUAUGCAAUGGACCCCAUCCCCACUGAUCUGACAGGUCCACAUCUAUCCAUCCUGAGACAAAUCCCCACCCCCCGGCGGACAGAGCCACCAUCAAACUCACUUCUGCAGCACACUCCAGCCAUCAACAAACCCACACUGCAGUACCGAGCCACAUCUGUCCAGUGUGACUGCACAAUCCCACAAAGCUGCAGCCCAGAGUCUGAACAAGAACAAAACAGUUACCUUCCAGGGCGCAUGGCGGAUGUUUGUUUAUUGCCUGACCGCGCCGAGCUUCUUCUGCAGAGCAAAACUCACAGACUGGAUGAGAUGGUGAGAGGAGGCAGGCUGGAGGAGAGGCGUGUUGAUCUGCAGCUCAGCGUCACUGAGAGGCAGCCAAGUGCUGCCACCAAAUGCUUCCUGCAAGAGCUUCACCUGCUAAUUUACCCCCACUUCUUUGUAUCUUAUCCCCCACCUGCGAGAGCCGCUUCCAGCGCUCCUGCACGGGGGCGGUAGCUCGGCGGUCUGGCUUGCAAGCCUGAGGCUGCGGGUUCGAGCCCAGGUUACGUCAGUGAAGGAUAUUCAGAGUAAAAACCAUCUUUUGUGUGGAGCAGCUCAAACAACAGUCUGAACUGCACUCACUUUUUUUAGACAUUUUAAAUGUUCUCUCUUCUUAUUGACCUACAACCUCAUUAGUUUUCUAAUUGCAUCUCCAGCUACUUCUUUUUCAUACCACUUGUACAACUCUUGUUGCCCCUGUUCUAAAUUAUCCACUGCGCAAGUAGACGUCUAAAUGUUUUUUUAAGUCUGUUCUGCCAGUCUAAUUUUGGUCCCUCGCAGGUGCAGACUGUGACGCCAGACAUCAAAUGUGGUCAACGUAGACGUCUUUUCUACGUCCAAUUUUAACUUAUUUU